GGGCCAAAGAGGCCGAACUCCAGCAGGAGCUCCUGAAACAAAAGCAGGACAGGCUGACGCAAAUGGUGGAGGAUCAGAAGCGGACCCAUGAGGAACAACUCCAGCUGCUGCAGGAGAAGGUGGAGAGGGAGAAGGAGGCAUUGCGAGAGGAGACGGAGAGGAUGGUGCAGCAUAAGCUCAAGGAACAAGAACAGCUGCUGAAGGAGGGAUUUGCACAAAAGGCCAGCGAGAUGCAAAACGAAAUCCAGCGUCUCCAGGCAGAAGGACGCCCUUCGGAUCUGUCCGUUGCGAUGUCUGCCCUGGAGAAUAUCCCGUCUGUGUUAUCCCUGUUAGGCCAGGGUAUUCAGUGCUAUGCAUUCUCAAGGGUUGCGGGGGCGUCAACUGGCCCCAAUCAGCCAAGCAAAUCAAAAGCUCCGAAAUCAUCAAAGAAAUAGUUGAGGUGCGGGGAACGAUCGACCGGGAUGAGGGGUGUUCUCUGCAUAAUCGCUAACAUCGCAACAUAUUCGCUAACAUAAUCGCAAGCAUCGCUAACACAAAUCAGGACCGCAUUCAGGACAAAGCAGCUUUGGUCUCCCAUCAGUGAAAUUCAUGACCGGUGAAGAUCAAGGUAAUGCUUAAAGAGUGAUAUGAGGUUUUCUUUCUCUUAGCUUUGCAGAUCGCUUGUAUCGAGUCCAGUGCCGAGCCUUUCCUCUCCCCCCGUGUUUCACCUCCUUUAAAGCAUCACAUGUGCAUUGAUCUGCCUCU